GCACUGUGUCAGGGGGACAGACAGUGAGACCCUCAGUGUUCGGGUGGACAGCGAUGUCGGGGCGGCGUGUGUGCGUUUCGGACUUUGAGGAGGAAGCUAGAAAAGUUCUUCCAAAGGCUGUGUACGACUACUACCGUUCAGGAGCUGACGAACAAUACACACUGGCUGACAAUGUUGCUGCAUUCAACAGGUGGCAUCUCGUCCCUCGGGUGUUGAGGGAUGUGUCUACAGUGGAUCUGUCAGUCUCUGUGCUGGGCCACAGGCUCAGCAUGCCUCUCUUUGUUGCAGCGACAGCAAUGCAGAGGAUGGCUCAUCCUGAGGGAGAGACAGCAACAGCAAGAGCAUGCCAAGCAAUGGGAACAGGAAUGAUGCUGAGCUCCUGGGCUACUUCGACUAUAGAGGAAGUGAUGUCAGCAAUGACAACCUCGCCAGGUGAUGGGGGUGUCCUGUGGCUGCAGCUUUAUAUCUAUAAAGACCGAGAGCUCACACUGUCAUUGGUACGCCGUGCAGAGGAGAUGGGCUACAAGGCUAUCUUUGUUACCGUGGAUACACCAUACCUUGGAAGGAGAUGGGACGACAUGCGCAACCACUUUAAAUUGCCCCCACACCUGAGCAUGUCUAACUUCUCGUCAGCCUCCCUGGCUUUCUCUGAGGGAAACUAUGGCAAUGACAGUGGUUUGGCUGUUUAUGUUGCAAAAGCCAUCGACCCCUCUCUCUGUUGGGACGACAUCACCUGGCUGAAGAAACACACGCGUCUACCUGUGAUUGUGAAAGGAAUACUGAAUGGUGACGACGCUGUCCAGGCUGUGAACUACGGUGUCAGCGGCGUCCUGGUCUCCAACCACGGAGCUCGACAGCUGGAUGGCGUUCCUUCCACGCUUGACGUGUUAGAAGAGGUGGUGAGGGCCGUGCAGGGUCGCUGUGAAGUCUACAUGGAUGGAGGAGUGAGGCGAGGGACAGACGUCCUGAAGGCCUUAGCUCUGGGGGCAAAGGCUGUCUUCAUUGGACGACCGGUGCUGUGGGGCCUCGCCUGUCAGGGGGAACAGGGAGUGACUGAGGUCCUUGAACUUCUAAAAGAAGAGCUGCGACUGGCUAUGGCAUUGUCAGGUUGUCGCUCUACAUCCGAGGUGAGCAGGUCCCUGGUCAGGAGAGUGGAGUUCACCUCCAGGAUGUGAAUGAAGAAUCUGUGGCAGGAAUCACUACUUGUUGAUGGAUCUAUGGACACAUUCAUUUGUUUCAUCUUCGUCCAUGUAUCACGUACACGUUUUUACUUUGACCUUUUACUACUUGAGCAACAGCAGCAACAGGCUCUCAUAAAACAGAAUAGUAAAUGCUAUAAAGUGUCUUUUGGUGCGUGACGUCACAAACGCUUACAAAAAGGUAUUUCACAAUGAUUGAAAAGGUGCAAAUCUAAUCUAAUGAAACUACAGUAUAGCUAUUACUGUGGCUGUGACUACCCGCCUAUAUUGAAAACACAAAGAAAAUUUGGCAGAAUUCAAAUUUUAAGGCCAUAUAAAUGAUCAAUAUAUUCACCACAAUCCUGCUGUUGUGUCAUGUAGUAAAAGAUAAUAGAAGUUGAGUGCUUCACAUAGACUGUAUAUAGAAAUUGACGUAGUAAGUGGGUCUGUGAAGUGGAGCCAAGGCAGAUUUCUCUGGAAUGACCAGCAGAGGGCGACUCCAUGGUUGCACAAAAAAGUCAGUUUCUCUAGGUCUAAGUCAAGACAUGUCACAAAUUUUAAACGUCAAUUAACAUUUUCGAGAGGAUCUUAUGGUUCAAUCUCUAGUUUCAUCUAAAAUAGAUGAUAAAGCACGAUAUGCAUUGGGGUGGGGAUACAGUGUGAUUGACGGCAAGUACCGUCCAAUAGGCGCAUGCUUGCAGGUGCAGUGGACGAGCUCUCCGUCAGGCCGACCCCUACACCUCCAAAUAUACUGACUUCUGUUUUAAAAAAUCAAGAUGGCGCUGGCCCAAGAUGCUAAACUCUAGGCUGCAAAUAAGCAGUAGACAUACCAUUGUUGCCACUUGCUGCUUCACCCUGCGUCACCUUCUACUUCAUCUGUCCUUUUUUGAGAAAGAGCAGGUCCUCAUUAAAAGUUCUGACUGACAUA